AUGGGGUACCUUGCACCUGAACUCACACGAACGGGGAAACCCACCACCAGUUCUGAUGUUUAUGCUUUCGGAGCAUUGUUGUUGGAGGUGGUGUGCGGGAGGAGGCCCAUUGAGGUGAAGGCAUUGCUGGAGGAGCUGGUGCUGGUGGAUUGGGUCUGGGAGCGGUGGCGCAUGGGGGCGCCGCUGGCAGUGGUGGACCCCAGGUUGGGUGGGGCGUUUGAUGAGGUGGAAGUUUUAGUAGUGAUUAAAGUGGGGUUGUACUGUUCCGCGGAGGCACCAGAGAAGAGGCCCAGCAUGAGGCAGGUGGUGAGGUAUUUGGAGAGGGAGGUGGCGCGGCCUCCGCUGGUGGUAGGGUUUCAUCUAGAUGAAAUGUUCGCCACACCAGAAUUUUUGCAAGAAGAAUGA